AUGCAGGGUGACGGCUGGCUGAGGCUGUGUGCGGCCGCCCUCUUCAUCACAGGGACGACUGGGACAGUCUGCUCCACCCGGGUGGAGUCGCUGGACUUAGGCUGCCUCCUGCGGUGGGAUUGUCCGCACGCCAGUCCUAAUGCCACCUACACAGUCCAGACCAAGACGCAGGGGGACCCCUGGCAGGACGUCCCCUGGUGCGUCUGGAUCUCGUCCCGCAGCUGCGACGUGUCUCAGGUCUUCUCGGACUUCGAGCUGUACAACAUGGUCCGGGUGGGGGUCCACCGGGACCCCGGCUCCACCGUCUGGACCAAACCCUGCAAGUUCGACUACAGCGACUUCACCUUCAGCCCUCCGUCGGUCUCCGUCUCUCUAAAGGAGCAGCAGUUGCUGGUGAGGGUGCAGUUCCCCUGUGCCUCCAACAGGAGGUGCUCUGUGGAGCGGUGCUGUCCCAUCACCCAGCUCAUCCACCCCUGGACCACCGUGACCGUGCACAACCGACUCAACCGGUCUGAACAGCAGAGCCGUACGGUGUGGAGCCAGGAGCCGGUGUCCUACGUGGAGUUCUCCGGUUUGUCUCCGGGCCAGAACUACUGCGCCGUGGCCAACUUCUCUUUCCCGACCUUCGCCAUGGCCGCCUCACCUCUGUCGGAACCCCGGUGUGUGGAGACGCUGUCCGAGCCAGGUGAGGGGCGGAGCUAAGGGGAGUGAAGGCUCCCGUUCCAGGUGACGACCCUGAGUUCUCCCCCUGCAGACCAGCUGCCGGCGGUGUAUCUGGGACUGGGACUGCCUCUCCUGCUCAUCUUUCCGUUUCUUACCGUGUUUCUGCGGAAACCCAGACGAGGCGCAGCAGAACCUGAAAACCAGCCCAAAGUCUCGGUGGGAUUUAAAGACCAAACCUUCCUCUCUGUGUUCGUCUUUCACCCCACAACACGCUGCUCUUGACUCUUCCAGACUCCGGUUCGGGAUCCGGUCUCUCUGGCCCCGGUGACCCCGGUCGACCUU